CUUCAGCUGAGGAUGGCAGGAGAUUCUCGAGUCCUCAUGGACCACAACAUGGAGAUAGGAGUCACGCCUGCACAGGUGAAAAAGCUUCCUAAACACUUGCGGGAGGCUCAGAUAUCAACAGAGCGAACCCACUUGAUUUCUGACCCGGCAAAGAAGCCACGUCAGCGAUAUGUGCAGAAGGACGGCAAGUGCAACGUUCAUCACGGAAACGUGCAAGAGACCUACCGAUACCUCAGUGACUUGUUCACUACGCUGGUGGACCUACGCUGGCGUCUUAGUCUUUUCAUUUUCACCUUGGUCUAUGUAGUCAACUGGCUUUUCUUUGGCUUUCUGUGGUGGCUGAUAGCGCUAAUCCGUGGGGAUCUGGUGCACGCCGAUGAGGAGGGCUGGACCCCCUGUGUGGAGAACCUUAACAGUUUUGUGUCAGCCUUCCUUUUCUCCAUUGAAACAGAGACCACCAUUGGGUAUGGUUAUCGCGUAAUUACAGAAAAAUGCCCAGAGGGUAUCAUACUGCUUUUGGUGCAGGCCAUCUUGGGCUCCAUUGUUAAUGCCAUGAUGGUGGGCUGCAUGUUUGUCAAGAUCUCACAGCCAAAGAACCGCGCCGAGACCCUCAUGUUCUCGCACAACGCUGUCAUAUCAGUGCGAGACAACAAGAUGUGCCUGAUGUUUCGGGUGGGGGACCUGAGGAACUCUCACAUCGUGGAGGCAUCGAUCAGAGCGAAGCUGAUCCGCUCACAGCAGACCAAGGAGGGGGAGUUCAUCCCACUCAACCAGACUGACAUCAACAUCGGCUUUGACACGGGAGACGACCGGCUGUUCCUUGUGUCACCGCUUAUCAUCUCUCACGAGAUCAAUGAGAAGAGCCCCUUCUGGGAGAUGACGCUGGCACAAAUGGAGAAGGAGGAGUUCGAGAUUGUGGUUAUCCUCGAGGGCAUGGUGGAGGCCACAGGGAUGACCUGCCAGGCACGAAGUUCCUACCUGGACACAGAGGUGCUUUGGGGCUAUCGCUUCACACCGGUCCUCUCCCUGGAGAAGGGCUUCUACGAGGUAGACUACAACAACUUCCACGAUGUCUACGAGACCAACACCCCCACUUGCAGCGCCAAGGAGCUAGCUGCUAAGCUUCGGGAGGGGCCUCUAUUGCCUCAGCUUUCGCUCCUCAGCCCUGAACCGAAAAUGCAUACUUUUGACCCACUAAAUCGUCUGUCUGAACAGGACCCACUCAGCCCAGAUGAGGAGGAGAGAGAUUCACAGGAGAGGGGUGACAGAGGAGAGACCAAUGGCUCAGCUGCUGCUUUGGAGGAUCUGCCCCUUGCUGAUGGACUGCCUGACUGAUGUGGCUGAAAACACCAGGAUAGACUGAACAAGAGGACAAUACAAUGCUUCAUUUAGUCAACAACCAGCUUGUUCCUUUGCAGUGCUUGGAGAUACAAGACAUCCUCAUGCAAUACUCCUCUACUAGUGUCAAUCUAUAGUAUAGAUUGGUUUUGUAGACACGUAAGUACACAUACACAGACAC